ACAACUUCUUCUUCUUCUUCUCUCUCUCUCUCUCUCUAUAUCUGAGCUGAGCAAAUCUCGCACAUUUCCCGGGAAAAACCUGAAGCUUCAGCAGCAGAGAGAUCGCGGGGAGUUGCCGAGCUUACCGAAGUGAAUCGCCGGCGAUGUGUAACUCACGCACUCUAGUUGUACCAGCUCUUCUUCUUCUUCUUUUGGUUCUGGUCUCCGCGCAGGGAUCUGGUUCCAAGACUCCAUGGCAGACGCUUAGCGGAGGUGCGCCUCUGGCAAUAGCACGCGGUGGAUUUUCUGGGCUAUUUCCUGAUUCAAGUUAUGCUGCGUAUAGUUUUGCAAUUAUGACUAGCCUUCCCGAAGUGGUUUUAUGGUGUGAUGUGCAACUAACAAAAGACAGCAAAGGAAUUUGCCUCCCAGAUAUCAAGCUGGACAAUAGUACUGAUAUUGCAGAUGUCUUCAACAAUAGGGAUAAGGAGUAUGUUAUUAAUGGGGUUGCCACUAAAGGAUGGUUUUCGCUGGAUUUCACUUCCAGCGAAUUAUCAAAUGUGAUCGUUAGUCAAGGAAUUUAUUCUCGCUCUAAUAAGUUCGAUGGCAAUUUGUUCCCAAUUCUCACUGCUGAAGAUGUGUCUAAGCAACUCAAACCGGCAGGCUUAUGGCUGAAUGUUCAGCAUGAUGCAUUCUUUACACAACACAAGUUGAAUAUGAGAAGCUAUGUGCUUAAUAUAUCAAAACACAUUAUUGUCAACUAUAUCUCAUCGCCAGAGGUGGCUUUCCUGAACGGAAUUAAAUCAAGAUUCAAUCAAAAGACGACAAAGCUGGUCUUUCGGUUUUUGGGAAAAGAUGAGACUGAUCCCUCAACAAACCAGACAUAUGGUUCGCUCUUGAAGAAUCUUACAUAUAUCAAGACUUUUGCCUCUGGAAUUCUCGUCCCUAAAAUUUACAUAUGGCCCGUGGAUCCAAAAAGUUAUUUGCAACCUCAUACUUCUCUUGUCUCGGAUGCUCACAAAGAAGGGUUAGAAGUUUUUGCAUCAGAUUUUGUGAAUGAUUUUCCUCUGAGCUUCAACUAUAGUUAUGAUCCAGUAGCCGAGUACUUGAAUUUCAUUGACAAUGGUAACUUCAGCGUUGAUGGUGUGCUGUCUGAUUUCCCAAUUACUCCAUCAGCGGCCAUAGAUUGUUUUGCUCACUUAGGAAAAAAUGCUACAGAAAAAGUUAAGACUUUGGUUAUAUCAAAAUAUGGAGCCAGUGGAGACUACACUGGUUGUACUGACAAGGCAUACACGAAAGCAAUUGAAGAUGGUGUGGACGUACUUGACUGCCCAGUUCAAAUGUCAAAGGAUGGGAAACCAUUUUGUUUCAGCUCUAUUAAUCUCAUAGAUAGCACAGAUGUUGUUCAAUCUGACUUUAGCAAUCUCACAACGAGUGUUCCACAGAUAAAGUCUGACACUGGAAUAUUUACCUUCAGCCUAACGUGGGAUCAAAUUCAACAAUUGAAACCUGUUAUAGCAAGCCCCUAUUCGGCAUACACAUUGUACCGGAAUCCAAGAAACAUAAACGUUGGCAAAUUCAUUACAUUGUCUGCCUUUUUGGACUUGACAAAGAGCACAAAGUCACUUUCUGGCAUCUUGAUCAGCAUAGAUCAUGCGGCCUAUCUUGCGGAAGAACAGGGCUUAAGUGUUACUGAUGCAGUCCUAGAUGCCCUAAGCAAAGCUGGUUUUGACACUCUGACAGCCCCAAAGGUCCUGAUUCAGUCUAGUAAUAGUGCUGUUCUACAGAAAUUCAAGGAGAAAAAUAAUUAUGAACUUGUAUACAAAAUUGACGAGAAAAUCCGCAGCAUUGACGAGCCUACCUUGAAGGACAUCAAGAGCUUUGCUGAUUCUGUGGUUAUUAACAAGGCCUCUGUCUUUCCGGAUAUCGCUUUAUUCUUGACAGGUUCUACGGAUGUUGUAAAGAAGCUACAAUCAUAUAAGCUUCACGUUUAUGUAGAAACCUUCAGCAAUGAGUUCGUAUCCCAAGCAUGGGACUUCUUCUCGGACGCAACUGUAGAGGUCAAUUCCUAUGUUACUGGAGCCAAUGUUGACGGUGUAAUCACAGAGUUCCCUGCAACAGCUGCCAGAUACAAAAUAAACCGAUGUUUGGGUCUUGGCAACAACACACCUGCUUACAUGAGCCCUGUUCAGCCUGGAAGCCUCGUGGAACUCAUUACUACUGAUUAUUUGCCACCGGCUGAGGCUCCAAACCCGGUCCUGACAGAGGACGAUGUGUCGGAGCCGCCUUUGCCUCCUGCAGCACCGGUUAGUCCAACAGCUAGCCCGAAUUCAGCUAGCCCGAAUUCAUCUAGCGCAGCAGGACCAGCACCAAAUGCGCAGCCUAAGAUUUCCGUUUCCUACUUGCUGUCGAACCUUGCUAUGAUGCUCCUUGCAGCUCUCAUUCUGUUCUGAAACGGCACCGGUCUAGCUUUGAUAGUCAUUUGCACAUGUGUUUGCCAUUAUCAUUGCUUGAUUUCAGCAUAGUUUGGAGCUUUUUGUGGCUUGAUUACACGGCUAAUCCAUUUUUUUUGGUCCUCCCUUUUGCUGGAUGUUGGUGAUUUUUCCCCCUGUUGUUGUAGUUAUGUUCAUUCUUCCAAGUGUAAUUUAGGGAUAUAAACUCCUGAGCCUGUCAGAUUUUAGUUAGCAUUUUCGCCAUCUUUUCGGCUGUUGUACGGUAUAUUUAUAAUUAUUCUUUGUGUGUAUUAUAUGAUGAAAAUUGGAGUGUUCA